GGCGAGGUAUUAUUGAAAUAGAUUACACGUGGAAACACGGAAUUGUGUCACCUUGUGGACGGACUUGUAUACUUGCCAAGGAUUAAUCGAGAUCUACCAUGUCGGACAAAAAUCGAACCGUGUUGAAUCCAGGAGAAAAAGUUCAACCGGAAUUAAAUAACAAGGAAGCCAGUCGCCUGGUACAACGUCUCUACGGCCUCUCCGCCAUCAAAGUAGAAGAACUGAACAGUUAUGACGACAAAAACUUCCACAUCCAUGUCGACACCACUUCCGGUGACAUCAAAUUGUCAGAAGAGGGAUAUGUUUUAAAAAUCCUCAACUCUCUAGAUUCGAGAUUUUCAGAAGCGAUUGAUGCUCAGAAUCAUCUAAUUCUACAUGUGGCAAAGCAUGGAAUACGUACUUCCUGUCCAGUUCCCAAUCUUUGCAACAAAUUGUGGUCUUUGGAACAACUAGAUAGUUCAGAUUCCAAGUACAUCGUUCGUCUGUUUACCUUCAUUCCGGGAAGAGUAUUUGUUGGCAUCAGAUACACUGCUUCACUAGUGCACAGUGUCGGUAAAUUGGCGGGAAAAUUGGAUGCAGCGUGUUUGGAAUUUUAUGACACAGCCUUCACUGAUCAUAAAAGGAUCUGGAGUUUGACAGAAGUUCCAAAACUUACCAAGUUCCUAACUUGUUUAAAGGAGGAGAAGAAACGACAAUCAGUAUUGUCCGUAAUAAAACAGUUCAACGAUUCAGUUGUUUCCAAUUACAGUAAACUCAAAACAGGAGUUAUUCAUGGUGAUUUGAGUGACCACAAUAUUCUUAUUACACCGUCAUCACCAGACGACUAUGAGGUUGCUGGCUUUCUAGACUUUGGCGAUGCUACAAUUGCAUAUUACGUGUUUGAAAUCGCCAUACUGAUGUGCUACGUCCUGCUUGGCGCUGGUGAACAGGACGAUCCAGUUGAGCUAGCAGGUCAUGCACUUGCAGGUUACUUGUCCGAAUUUCCUCUCCCCGCAAUGGACUUAUCAGUUCUAAAAAUAUGUAUUUCAGCGCGACUGGUCCAGUCUCUUGUGAUGGGGGCAUACACUGCUUCAGUCCAACCCGGUAAUACUGACUAUGUGUUAAAUACACAAAACAAAGGUUGGGUGCUACUGCAUGAGUUCUGUGCUAAAUCUGAUUCAGAAGUGUUCGAUUCAUGGGAAAGAAUUCUUCACGAGUACGGCUUAAAAUUUGAUUUCAAAUAACGUAUCUUCAAGGUGAAUGCUUCUUACUAGCUUAAUUUGAAAAGGCAGAUCAGCAAUAUAACCUAAAAGCCUUUUCAGAAUUUGUCGAGUGGCUGUGCUAUGUUUGCAGUUUUAACAUUGCUUUUGUGUUACAUAUCUUUCAAUAAAAAUAAA